UAUUAUUUGUUUUAUCUAGAUAUAGGGCCAGCUUGUUAGCAGUAAACAAUUUACCCAUAUGAGACAGAACUGUGUUAGAUGUUGUUCAAGGGGUCAGUAGCUCCGAGAAACUUGAAUGUUUUUUGGGUUGGGGAUCACUUAUUUGUCUUCUUUUUCUUAUUUGCGUACAACAGCAUCCACUGGGCUACAACAUGGGCUCUAUAGGUUUCGUAGAAACAGGAAGAUAAGAACUAUAAAGAGAAAUAAUUAUCUGAAAUAUUAUUACAUAUCAGCCUUAUGAAUUGAAGCCUUGACAAAUUUGUAACGUUCAGACUAAGAUAGUUCUUCAUCGUUGAUUUUACUGUAGUCGCCUUAAUUUUUUCGAAUGACUCUGAACAUGCGCCAAGUUUUAGAUGGCAGUGAUUUAUAAAUAACCUUGUGAUGUUGAAUUUGGUUUGGUUGGUUAUAGUGUAACGAAAGAUCGUGUGUGUGUGAUUAUUGUGUAUUUAUUGUGCGGUUAAAGAAAUGAAGUUAUCGAGUAAUCGGUAAUAAUGGCUUCGGGUUCCGAAGGAAGCAGAAGACCAAGAGGACCUUGCGCAUGGUGUGUCAGUGCUGUGAAAUGGAUUCCGGUUAUAUUUAUUGUGACAAUUAUAGUAUGGUCCUACUAUGCGUACGUGAUCCAGCUAUGCUCACUAACUGUGACAGACAAUGUAGAAAGGGUGCUAUACCUCAUAGGAUAUCACAUCCUGUUUGCUGUUUUCAUGUGGGCAUAUUGGCAAACAAUUUUCACAGAAAUUGGCAGAGUUCCUUCAAAGUUCAAAAUGCCCAGAGCAGAACUGGAGAGAUUAGAACAAGCUGAGAGUGAAGAGGCUCAGAGGCAGAUUUUGGAGCGAUUUGCUCAGGAUCUCCCCAUUACAAAUCGUACUGUCACAGGAGGUUGCAACAUGUGGCAUUUUAUGUUGCUUCAAACAUAUAUUGUAUGUUUGUGCGAUUGUCUAGUACAGUGGUCUUCAACCUUGGGUAUAAGUACCCCCGGGGCAAUCCGGUACUGUGAAAAGUGCCAACAUGUUAAACCAGAUCGGGCACAUCAUUGCAGUGUGUGUGGAGAAUGUGUUCUGAAAAUGGACCAUCAUUGUCCAUGGGUUAACAAUUGUGUGGCAUUUACCAACUAUAAGUUCUUCAUUCUGUUUCUGGGAUAUGCUCUUCUGUACUGCCUUUUCAUAGCAUUUACAACAUUGUCAUACUUCAUAAGUUUUUGGAAGGGUGACUUGCAAGGGAUUGGCCGUUUCCACAUUCUUUUUCUUUUCUUCAUUGCAGUCAUGUUUGCAGUUAGUCUUGUGUCUCUGUUCUGCUACCAUUGUUACCUUGUCCUUCGAAACAGGUCAACAUUAGUUUGGGGGACGGUUUGGUUUUCCCAGUUCGGGCCCAGCAUCAGCCCAGCUCAUACAACUCCAUGGGCAGUACACAGACAAGUCUGGGUGAUGGUGUUACAUUCCCUCAACGGUGUGUUGAUGAAGAUACUGACACACUGCUUGGAACACGACAGCGUUGGGUGGAGGAAGCUGAACUUGAUUCUCCUCCAUUCUCUUCUCAUCAUUCAGGUAUGGAACAGCGCUAGGCAGCUGACAUAUGUACCUGGGAUUGCCGAUAAGCAGUAUAGCAUCGUUUUACCAGGCUUUAGACAAAUGUUUGAAUCUAUUGCAUGUUGAAGACUGUGAUGUUAUGGCAUGCAAUUAUUUCCAAUAUGACACACACUAUAAAAAACUGCAUCAUUUUCAUUGUAUAAGAGUAUGUUUCAUACUCAUGCCUGGCUUUGUAUUUGACCAUGAAUUAUAGAACAUCUGAUAGGUAUUUUUUUGUUUCUUCAUAACAUUAUAUGUUUGUAACAGAUACAUUGAAAUAGGUUUUAAUAAUUGAAAUUGAAAAGGAGAAGUUUGUGACAAGAUUUCAAUGGGUGAGAUGGCAUAAUGAAAUUUGGCUAUUAAUUGGUAUUGAUAUACUAUUAAACAGGUAAUAUUGUAUGUGGAGUAGAAAAUUUUAAUGUUAUAGCCAUUUGCUAUAACUUACUGUGUCUUGGGUUUUCUGUUAUAAAGAUGGCUGUUUGAUAAUUUUAUUUCUUUUGAAUAAAGAAAACACUGGCAGUAGGAAACAACUAGUUUACGAACCAUUAUUGCAUUUGUAUUGUAUGCCACAAAUGAUUUACAAUACUUCUUUUGGGGGGGGGAGGGGGGAAAGGGGAGAAUAUAGGUCAUGUGAAAACCUUGGUUGCAUCUAUACUGCGCACUGAGAAUGAUUAUUUUCCUUUGUUUGUAUUUAAUAUGACAUAACUCAGUGUUAUGUAUAGUACAUAACAUUAGAAAGACAGUUAUGGCUUAAAGUUCAAGAAGUAAUUUUCAGAGUGAACCAUUAAUUGUUUAGUAAGUAAAUUUAUGAAUUUGAUUUGUAGAACAUGAAGUCUGACCUACUAUUGUAAUUUUUUCUUUAUUUCUGCCUUGUGUGAUAAAAGAAUGCAGCAGAGUUUUUAACUUUGCACCUUGUUAUUGUAAAUUGUAUUUCUUCAACUAGAGUAGACUCCUGAUUAUCUGGGGAUAGAUUAAUUAGGUUGCACAUUAACCAGGGUCUGUCUGAUUUAAGCUAAAAUUAAAAAUUAAUUUUGAAAAUCUGUUGUAGAAUGUUUAAAAAGAAAAGAAUAAAUACAACCGUGACAUUAUUUAAUGUAUUAACAUAAAUCAAUUCUUGCUAAAACCUAAAGUUUACAACAGUAGAACAUUAUUAAUAUCCAAUGGAAUCCUUUUCUAAAAAAUAGUUGAUAUGUUGUGUAUUAAAUUACAUAUAAAAAUCCUGUUAUUAAUUUUUUAAAUCUUUAAAAAUGUAAAUAGUAUAUAUAUAUCUGUAAACAAACUUACAUAUUUGUUACAUUUGUGUAUUUACUUUCAUUUUUGUGGAUUAUUUGGGGUUUUAUAUAUUUCCCAACCAACCCUGAUUAUCAGGAAUCUACUGUAGUUAUAAUAUUAUGCCUAUUCUGAGUAUUUUCAUGGCCGAAUUUUUUUUAUAAAUGUUUUCUCAAGAAUAUGUUGUGGCUAAUAUCUGUAUUCUCUUAUUGAUUGUUCUGCAUUGCUAUGAGAAAUGUCUCAGAUUAGCAACUGUAAGCAAAGGUCAGGGAUAAUCUUUGGUGUUCAUUUUAUUGCCCUAUGUGCAUUGCAUGUAAGAUGUUUGUUGAUUUUUGUAGAUAAUGUGUGUGACCUCAGUUUUCCAGGUACUCUCCACAAAGGUACUAGAUGUAAAUAUUUAAGUGUCCUCUGUACUGAUUAAACGUAAAUAAUAAGAAUUAUUUUUCUGUGAUAUGAAAUUUGAAAAUGAGGAAGCAUUUUUUUCCAGGUACAAUAUCUUAAUAUGCAUUUCAGCUUUCUAUAAUGUGUAUUAUUCAUGCUAGUUCUGCCACAGUUUUGUAGUAUUAAUCAGGGAAAAUUAUUUGUUUUAUAUUGGCUGUAAGAUUUAUAUAAGUAUCUGUUAAUUAUCCUAUCAGUUCUGCUGCAAAGUUCUUUGUUUUAUCAUAUUCAUGUCUUACAUUCCAUAAUACUUUGUCAAUUAAUUUAAGUUUGAUGUAAAUGAAGUAUUUCUUAUGACUGAAUUGGGCAGUGGGAGAAGAUUUGUGUUUGUGAUUGCCAUUUAAAGGAAGCAGCAGUUGGGUUUAGACAUAUUUGUCAUGGAACAUGUUAAAAUAAAUUUAUUUUUAUUUUAUGGUUCUAAGUGUCAUAUAAACACAUUCAGUGUCAUGUGACAUCAGAGUUCGUUACCAGGACCUGAAUAAUCCAUAAUUUCAUAUGUAAACAUGCCAACAUACAUGUUUCCUCUCAAGUUUCUUGCAGCAAGAUCUUGGAAGGUUUACAGUAGGAAGACACAUAUUUAGCUAUUUAUUUCCAAAUUAUAAAUUGAUUGGAAAUUGUUUUAAAUGUUCUUAAAUUAUAAUGGAUUUUAACCUGUGGGCUUCCAAAUUAUGAUUUUGUUGUCAUUUGCAAAUACAGAGUUUAGUGAAAGGUAUUUUUCUUUCCAGGGUUUAUGUAGUUUGUAUUAGUGUAUCAAGACAGAACUUGCACUAUAGGAUGCAAAAAAUAUGAGGUUUAUUUGUUUGUAUUUAUUGUGUCAGAAUCAGUUUCAGUUACACCCAAAACUCCAGAAAGUAUUCUGAGGACUAGAGCAGUGAGUUACUGGGGUACCUGCAAUCAAGUGAUGUGGUAUUUCUGAUAUGUUGAGAUGGCUGUCUUCUAUGUUGGAGUACCGGUGAUUUAGGUUUAAGUUCAUGAACAUUUCAGGGGUGCUUGCUUCCUCCAUCAUCAAGGUGAUCACUCUGAUGAAUGAAGAAGGCAGCAAGCACCUCUUAAACAUCAGAAAGCUUCUACCAAACUACACAGUGCUACAACCCAGAAGACACCCAUCUUUAUACUUGCUGCUGUGAGAACCUGAAAUCCUACUUUCUGACAUAUGUUUCUCUGUAUAACUAAUGAAAUGUGUGCCGUAGGAAAAAAACAACAACACUUUUUUGUGACACCUCUCUGAGCAGAUUAGUAAGGAAGCAGUUUCUUUAUUGGUCGUACCAGAUUUCUAUAAUGUGAGAAGUGCAAUUAUGAGACAACUAUUUUGGUUUUAAUGACAACAUAAUAUUAAUACAUAAUUUAAUAUAUUAAAGUGAGGCCAUAACAUUUUGUCUUAGAGAUAGGGAUUAUCCCCUUCUAGCAGACCCAACAGAGUGGGUUUCAUCACAUAAAGACUUGGGCUGAGCCAUCCUCUGAAUUGUUAUGGGCUUAUUUUAAUAUAUUGAACCAGUGAUGUGCAUCUGGCGUGUCAUGGAGGCCAUGUGCCACAAAAUUUUCACCUCAUAAUAAUAAUAAUUUAUAUACAUUCCAUGGAUCCAUAAGACAGUCAGAUGACAAUAGGAUGUGGAAAAAGUCAUAAUAAUAAAAAUAAUAAUAAUACAAUACAUAUUAUAAAGU